GACAGGAGCAAAAGAGUUUGGCCUUUUGGAGUUUUCACUGACAUUAACUUUACAUUGUGUCUCUUGGAGUUUUUAUUAUAAUAGGGUUCUGCAAAAAUGACUUGAUAUUUGUGAAAUGGUGUCAAAACUCGGUGAUCGACAGAAUUUGGAUUUCGUAUAAUGGAAAAUGUUAACUUUUGUAUAUUGGUAGCGCUUCUUGCUGAAAUACAGGUGGCAUUUGCUUGCGAGGACGGAAGUAGUAAUGAUUCCUGUUGGUAUACUUUUUGGUAUGUUUGGGUCGCUCUCGGACUUUUCAUCACAGUAUUAAUCACCAUGGUUAUAGUUUAUUACAAACAUAAAUGGUCCAAACGAAGAACGCGCGUGCGCAGAAUAGCAGUUGUUCAGCCACAAAACCCCCCUCCUUACGAUGCACCUAGCCAACUUCCUCCAAGCUACGAGGAUUCUCUCAAACACACUGUUGCUAUAAAUAUACCCGGAUAUAACAUGAUAGAAACGAGGCCGGUCAUAAGCAGGGGCCAUCAUCUUAUUAAUGUCCAUAGUGCCACUCAACAGAAUUCCAGACAGUCUCAUUCACGUGAUGCAAGACAAAUUCAGUCACGUGAUGCCAGACAAGUUCAGUCACGUGAUGCCAGACAAGUUCAGUCUCGUGACGCUAGAGAGGUUCAGUCCCGUGAAAGUUUGUUCUCGAUGCCGCCAAAUUACGAUCACGUUACUUCAAGUAGAAGCUGAUCCACCAGAAAGACUUUCAUCUUUUACAUCUCAUGUAUAUGUCGAGAAAAUAGAGGACUGAAGACUAGCGUGUAUAAAUCGGAAGAACUUGUCAAGGCGCAUGUGCAAUGAAAUAGGAAGUUGACCUCCGUCCAAACAUUAUCACAAUCUGUGAUAGAUAUUUAAUCCUGUUGAAUUGAAUUUUUGUUAUUGUUUCAAAUUGACUGACUUUACCUGUGAUAUUUAAGUUAUUUUUUUCAUGCUGAGAAAGGAACGUUUUACAUAAGAACAUCGUUGUUACAGUUGCGACAAUGAUAUUGUUAUUAGAAAUUAAAGAGUGUUUUAUUUU